GCAGCGAGGUUUUCAGUGCGAGGCAUUUCAUGGCUGUCACGAAAGACGCAGGGCGCGUAAUGAGGUAAAUAGGCGGAAGCAUGCUACAAGAUAAGAGCCCCCGUCCAGUGCACAUUACAAAGGCGUCCGCUUCUCUCCACCCAUUUACCGACACGGCAACCUGCCAUCCAACCCAACUCCAAGCUCACUCACAAGACUUGGUACAGCCGCUGCUUUUCAAUAUAGCUCAUAAACACCGACAGCGCCCGAACCAGAUCAGCUAUACCUUCAACCGCAUACCAUAACCAUCAUGGCGAAGGGCGUUGCAAGAAUUGCCGUGGUGAUCUGCUCGUCUAGGAAGCCUCGUGCCAAUCCACAAAUUGCCAACUUCGUCCUCGAGGCCAUUGAGUCGACAUACCAGGACAGAUGGUCCCUGGAGCCGUCCCUGAAGGUCAUUGACCUCGCCGAGAGGAAUCUCCCCUUCUUCGACGAGCCCGAUGUCCCCUCUCAAAUUCAUGACUACACCAAAUACGCACACGCCCACACCCGCGAAUGGAGCAAGGAAGUCCAAAGCUAUGAUGGCUUCAUCUUCGUCUGCCCGCAGUAUAACUGGGGUUACCCUGCGGUUCUCAAGAACGCCAUCGACUACCUGUACAACGAGUGGAAGGGCAAGCCAGCCAUGAUCGUGAGCUAUGGAGGCCACGGCGGCGGCAGAGCAGCUGCACAGUUGAGACAGGUGCUGUGCGGCAUUCACAUGAUUCCCACCAAGAAGCACGUGGAACUGGCGUUUCCUACCCGAAGCGCCUUGCUCGAUGCCGCCUACGGCAAGGAUCUUGGACUUGAUGGUUUCAGCUCAAAGGGUAUCUGGGGCUCACAACGCAAGGAAAUCGGCGACACUUUUGCCGAGAUGAUGGAUCUCCUGUGCAGCAAUAAGGUCGGAAAGGCAUUCAAGUCUGCUGCAGUCACGUUUGGCAUGGCGAAGCAGGAAUUUCGCAAGAAGUUCAAAAAGUCCUCUGGAGAACAUGCGAGUGGACGAGGAGAGGCGCGAAGCGAAGAGUAGAAGUAUGUCAGUGGACAUCUUUGCGUAUCGCAUGAGUGUGGAACGGAGUCAUCUAGUCUACUUUUUCUGGUUUGGAUAUCACUAUGCGAUCGGUGCUUGGGGAGGGAUAUUACUAGUCUAGUGGUACUUUCGGCUGUUGACUUGGGAGGGACAGUGGACUGUGACCUCGAUGGGUCCUUUCGAAGAAGUAGCGUGGCUUGUCCCAUUAAUCUUUUGAUUGUCGUGGAUUUUUAUGGUAUGUAGACCGUCCCCUAAGGAGUCACCCUGCUUAUGUAACCGAGGCUGUGCGGUUUAGGGGCUUCUGGGCGCCAAGCCUCUGAAAGCACCUCCUAAAAUCAACUCAACCAGCUGAACACUCCAGUUACCAUCUUC